CUUCCUCGUUUAAAUACAGAAUCGCAGUAACAGAUUUAGUGAUAAAAAUGGCUUCCACAUGUGUCUGUCUCCAUAGUUUUAUACAUGAAUGAAUACUGUAUUGUGUACAAAUGGCCUGCCAAGACCACGGUAAAGAUAAAUACAUGGUGUGUAUAUCAUGCAACGCUUGUAUCUGCAGUACGUGUAUUGACGAACAAUGUCAUGACGGACAUAUUUUCCGCUCGUUUGAAACUGUUGCUAAGAUCGUUGUCAAGAAUCUCGAAAAAAUAUCGGACAAUGUUCCAUUUGCUGAACUAGAGUCAGACCUCAAAGUAACUUCAACAAGAUUCAUUCAGGAGGAUAACGUUUUUGUUAAUUCUAAACGAGAAGUCCUCAAAAGACGAGAACAACUCGGACAGCUACUGGAUGUGGUUACUGAAAACACCAUAACACAAUUGGAAAAACAAAGGGAAAUAACAUCCAAGGAUCUAGAUGAAUUCAAAUUACAAACCACGGAAAAAUUGCAGAAGAUUCGAGAAUUUCAAGAUGGGAUAGAAAGACUUAAAGCUAAUGAUAACUUAUUGGAAGUUAUCGAACAGGGUUGGAAAAUCAAAGCCCCGGAAGUUGUCCAAUUGGAAUUUCCAAAAGUAAACAGGCUUGAAUUUAUACCAGAUAUCACUGACAAAACAGAUAACAUAGAAACACUUUUCGGAGAACUUGUUCAGCAGGAGGGAUAUGCUCAGGAUACCAUCUAUCCCUAUGGAAAUUCAGCUGUGUCACGUUGUAACAUUCCAUCCAGUGCAUCCAGUGUAUGUACUCUUGACCUGUAUGGGGAUGGACCGGAGAAACACACUUCUCCUAAGAUAUACCAAGAUGGUCCGACUGACAUUUCCACGGAGCUGAAAGCUGCAUCGACGUCCAGAAGCAUAAAAUGUGACUUCAACCUGACACCAAUUAGGAAGUUCGACGUUUCUUCUGCAGCAUUCGCAAUGCGACCUGGUGUGGACGGAAACGUCUGGUUAAAGUGUUACAGGGAUGAUAACAUCAAACUUGUUGGAAGGGACGGUAUCCUUAAAUAUUGUGUACCAUGUAACACAACAGUAUCUGACAUUUUAGUGUCACCAGUAACAAAUCAAGUCAUGGUUUCUUGUCCUUCAAAGAAGUGCAUCAAAGAAGUGGUGACUAAACAGGACAAACACUUCCUUGCCACGUCUACGGUCAUCCGUACCGAACCAUUAGCACCUAACAAUAUAUGUGCAACAUCGAAUGGGGACAUCCUAGUGACCCUUACAAACAAAACCACCUUGUCCAAACAGCCGAACACAACAUCAGUACUGGUCAAGUACAACAGUAAAGGCAAGGAGCUGGCUCGUGUUCAGAAAGAUGUCAAUGGUGAAGACAUAUUUCAUAUACCGUGUAACAUCUGCAUCAGCAACACCGGGAAUGUCGCCAUUAUAAAUGGCACGACAAAAUUUAAAGGUCAUUUAGUUGUCUUUGAUAGAGAGCUUAAGCUUGAAUGUCGCUGUAUUGGAUUAGGGGUAACAGUCAGUGCUGAAGAACAGAUGCCAGACCUACCGGAAAAGUUUUGUGUGAACGACGUGAUGUUUAAUCAUAAUAACCUGAUUCUGAUUACCGAACACCACUCACGAACAGUGCAGUUGUUAGAUCCGCUUUGUAGGCCUUUGAAGGUGUUGAUUAGUGAUUGUCAGGCUGCACCGCGAUCUCUCGCUCUGAAUACUGACGGAAGUGUGUGGGUUGGAUUUGAUGACGGAGAUGUCAAGGUUUACAAGUAUACAUGUGAAUUUACAUCAGAGGAAAAAUGACUUAUCACAAAGGUGUGUAAUGAGAAAUUGAAAAAAAUAAUGUAAAACAAAUUAUCGUCAUAUUGUCAUAUGUUUUUGUGUAUCUCUCAUCAAAAUCAAAAUUACAUAUGGCCAAAAGACGUCGCAUAGGAAAAGACCCCAAUUUUUUGAACUUUGGAGAAUUAUAGAAAUAAAUCAUCAAAAUAACAAAUUCUGUUUAUCACUAAAGUGUCAUGAGGUACCCUUAAUUUGUAAUUUCUCAGUAACAGAUCAAAGAUGAUUGAUUCAAUAAACAUUGUUUACCAUUGUUAUCAAUGGCAUGUCAAUGGCGUGUGAAAUGUUACAAUAUUCAAUAAUUUUAUAUUCAUGUUCUAAAUUUUAUUUUUGUAAUCAAUAAUUGUAAAUACAUUUGCAAUUUUUUUUAUAUUUUGUCACGCCUUACAGCCCAUUUGGCUCGCGACUGAAAUAUUAUCAGACAUUUUGAGUUCUCUUUGCUUUUUUUUAAUGUAUAUCUGAUCGGAAAACAAGUUAUUGUCUUCCAGUAAUACCCCUCUUGUAUGAUUUACAAGGUUUAUAAUAAUAAUUUUCAGUUCACGAACUGAAAUGUUGCGAACAAUUACUUUACUAGUCUGAUUUUUAUUCAAAGAUAAUGUUUAUUGCCCGAAACAAGAAAUGCAACAAAUAUUAAGCCAAAAUUAUUACGACAUUAUUUAUGUCCUCUUCACCAACUGUAACAAUCAAAUAUAACGGCAAACAAUGAAGACACACAGAGCGUAUUUAAGGUGGCUACCCACUUUCGCAAUUAACCAGCAAAAUUCGUUGAAACUUUCAUAUACUGGUAUGCAACUAUGUAGAGUUGAU